AUGCCUCUUUUUGGUAAAAAAGAUUUCGGAAGGAAAUCUAAAAAAGAUGGCAAGGAGUCCGAAAAACAACCGUCCAUUGAGGACAAGUACGUUGUUAAGGAUCUCUUGGGGACAGGAGCUUUUUCAGAAGUACGUCUGAUCGAGAGCAAGGAAAACGGACAAUUAUUUGCUUGCAAAAUUAUUGAUAAGAAAGCUCUGAAAGGGAAAGAAGACUCAUUGGAAAAUGAAAUUAGAGUACUUAAAAAAUUUAGUGAAAACGAAAAAAGCGAAGGAGGCGAUAAAAAGAUGUUUUCACAUCCCAAUAUCGUCCAGCUGCUAGAAACAUAUGAAGAUAAAAACAAGGUUUAUCUCGUUAUGGAGCUUGUGACGGGUGGCGAGUUAUUUGAUCGUAUUGUUGAAAAAGGGUCGUAUACCGAGAAAGAUGCAUCUAAUCUUAUUAGACAGGUGUUGGAAGCCGUAGAUUAUAUGCAUUCGCAAGGUGUGGUACACAGAGAUUUAAAACCUGAAAAUCUGCUUUAUUAUAGUGCAGAGGAGGACAGUAAAAUCAUGAUAAGCGAUUUCGGUCUGUCCAAAAUAGAGGACUCGGGAAUUAUGGCCACAGCAUGUGGCACUCCUGGCUAUGUUGCUCCUGAAGUGCUUGCACAGAAACCAUACGGUAAGGCUGUCGAUGUGUGGAGCAUAGGAGUGAUUUCAUAUAUAUUACUUUGUGGUUACCCUCCCUUUUAUGAUGAAAAUGAUGCAAAUCUCUUUGCUCAGAUUCUGAAAGGUGACUUUGAAUUUGACUCUCCUUAUUGGGAUGACAUCAGUGAAUCUGCUAAAGAUUUUAUCCGUCACUUGAUGUGUGUGGAUGUUGAGAAGAGAUAUACAUGCAAGCAAGCUCUGGGUCAUCCAUGGAUUUCAGGCAAUGCCGCUAGCAAUAAGAACAUUCAUGGCACCGUUUCUGAACAGCUCAAAAAGAAUUUUGCAAAGUCCCGCUGGAAACAGGCCUAUCAUGCUACUACGGUCAUCCGUCAAAUGCAGAAAAUGAUACUGAGCAGCAGCGGCUCAAGUCGCAAUGUCCAGCCGAAGCCCCAACAAUAG